CUUUAAUCACAAUAAAAAUACUUUCGGCAUCAUAUAUUUAAUAAGGGUUUGAAAAAUGACUUGAGUGUGAAAGAAAUAUUUACUUCUUGCUUGUUUAGUUUAGAGGAAAAUUAUUUUUGCAAAAUGUUUGGAAUUGAAAGUUUACCAUUGGAAACGUUGGUAGAAAUACUAAAGAAAACCGAUGGAAUCACUGUCGGGAGAUGUCGUAGGGUGUGCAAAGCUUGGAAGGAAUGCAUUGACGGCACCGAUUUGUUGUGGUUUGAAAUUUGCCAAAAGGAGUUCAAGUACUCCUCAAAAAUAGCUAAGAAAAAGUCUGGUAGCGAACGCAGCUGGUACCACAUUUAUAGGAACUUAAAAUUGUGGGAGAACAUUACGAAUUACGAACGUAACAUACGUGAGUUUUACAAGUUUUCUUUGCAUGACAAAAAUCAUGCCUUAGAAAUAGAUCACAACAUUCUGCCUUUGAAAGAUCAAAGGGGAAUCGUCUUAUAUGAUAUGCAGACUCUAAAAUAUAUUCCUGUGGCAAUGCCAGAAAAGAAUUGUCUAAAAAUUGCAAAUAAAGAUAAUGUUACUGUAAUUUUACUCAAACCAGGCAUACUUAUUCAAAGAACUGUUGAUAAUCCAACUCAUAUGUCUGAAGCUUUCUUCAAAGCUGACGACUUUGUAUUGACCAGUGAUCUACUUUACUUUUAUAACAAUAGACAAGUAUUUAAAUGUGAAUUGUUAACACAAAAUUUAUCACCUAAUCUAAUAAUUGAUUGCGAGUAUGAUAUUAAAACUAUACAAGUCGACCAUAAAACAUUACAUAUAUAUACAGAUUGUGGAAAAAUUGUCAAUGUAAAACGAGACGGGAUCACUGAAGUGAAACCUAUCAAUUGUCCUGUUGAAUGGAUCAGGCAAAUAAAGCACAUAUGUCCAAUAAACGACAGAAACUUUGUGUGCUAUUCAAGAAAUUUGUUCAAAAUUGAAACAGAUCAAUAUCAACAUUUGUAUUUGGAUUUCCCUCCGAUAACUGCAUUGUUUUUCUACGCUGACACAGUAUUGAUUGGAACAAGAGCAGGGGAGAUUUUGCUGUACCGUUUGUCGAGUCAGAAAAGAGCGACGAAACCUAUAUUUGAAAAGAUGGCUACUUUACCAGAAGGGAAGUUUGCUGUCCAACUGGAUAUAUGUGAGAGAAAAUCAGGUCCAGUGAUUGUUGCUUCAACAUUUUUUGAGAUAUACCUGGUGGAGAUUGACUUUUUUCCUCAGGAAAAAGAAGUGAAACCAUCGUUUCCUAUGCCCAAGCUUAUGAUGUACAAGAGGCUCUUGAGGCUCCGCGACAGGUUAAAAAUGAACUGAAAAUUCUCAGUAUUAGGCCACACAUGGGACGGAUGGGGUUGUCAAUCUACAAAAAUGCAAAAGCCUAUUUAAACGCGGAUAUUAUCAUUAAUUUGUUCAACGCCUUGCAGGCGUAGCAUGUGGUUAUUUCAAAGUAUUAACUAUAGCAAUAGCAACAACUAAGUAUUCUCGCAAUCAAAACAACACAUAAACACUCAAGACGCACGACGGAAAAAGGCCAAUUGAAAGAAAACGCACGAUGGAAAAAGACCAAAAAUGUGUUCUCUUAAAACGGGCAGAUGGCAAACAUAAUCACGGACCAAGAUGGAAUUUUUCCGCCAACUCAGUUUCAGCCUGCCGGCCUAUUCCCUAACUUUUUUGACAUUUACAGUGAAAACUGCCAAUUGAAAACGAAAAAAUUGCAAAUCCA